GCGGUACGAAGCGGGGGUGGGCCCAGCGCGUAAUGGCAGCGCCGUGGCCUCGCGUCCAUCUUUACCGCUCUCUCGGACCUGUCACAAAGGAGUCGCGCCGCCGCCGCAACCCCCUCUCUCGAGUGGGCCCAGGAGCUGGAGAAAGUCUCAGCAUGAUAUUUUACUUUUUGCUACUCGUCCAUGUCAGCCUCCUGCUUCCAGAUCUUCACUUCUUCCUAGACCUAAUCAGAUUUUCUCAGCUUGAUGAAGAUUUGCUUCUGUCAUUAGUUUUUUUUAUGACGAACAUACUGUGUGGGAUGAGAAUGUCCAUCCACGGAUUUUUGGAGGGCAGAGACUGCCUUGUUCUCCCAGAGCCAGCAUGGUGCCUGACACAGAACUGCUACUGGAUGACCAGGAUUCCCUGUAAUUGAUAAUGGUGGAGAUCAUCUCAGCAACUUUUUUCAGCAUUCAGUUGUUAAAAACAAAUAGGAUGCAAGCUCCCGAACUCCACAUUAUGAAAACAGUACUUGGAAAACAGAAAACUAUCUAAAUGAUUGUCUUUGGUUGGGCCGUGUUCUUAGCAAGCAGAAGCCUUGGCCAGGGUCUGCUGUUGACUCUUGAGGAGCACAUAGCCCACUUCCAGGGCACCAGAGGUGCCACUGCUGCCAUGGGGAAUUCCUGUAUCUGCCGAGAUGACCGUGGAGCAGAAGACAGUGUGGACACCCAGCAGCAACAGACCGAGAACAGUGCAGUACCCACAGCGGACAUGAGGAGCCAACCCCGGGACCCUGUUCGGCCCCCGAGGAGGGGCCGAGGACCACAUGAGCCAAGGAGAAAAAAACAAAAUGUAGAUGGGCUAGUGCUGGACACACUGGCAGUCAUACGGACUCUUGUAGAUAAUGAUCAGGAACCUCCCUAUUCAAUGAUUACAUUGCACGAAAUGGCAGAAACAGAUGAAGGAUGGUUGGACGUUGUCCAGUCUUUAAUUAGAGUAAUUCCAUUGGAAGAUCCUUUGGGACCAGCUGUUAUAACAUUGUUACUAGAUGAAUGUCCAUUGCCCACUAAGGAUGCACUCCAGAAAUUAACUGAAAUUCUCAAUUUAAAUGGAGAAGUAGCUUGCCAGGACUCAGGUCACCCUGCCAAACACAGGAACACAUCUGCUGUCCUAGGCUGCUUGGCCGAGAAACUAGCAGGUCCUGCAAGCAUAGGUUUACUUAGCCCAGGAAUACUGGAAUAUUUGCUACAGUGUCUGAAGUUACAGUCCCACCCCACAGUCAUGCUUUUUGCACUUAUCGCACUGGAAAAGUUUGCACAGACAAGUGAAAAUAAAUUGACUAUCUCUGAAUCCAGUAUUAGUGACCGGCUUGUCACAUUGGAGUCCUGGGCUGAUGAUCCUGAUUAUCUGAAACGACAAGUUGGUUUCUGUGCCCAGUGGAGCUUAGACAAUCUCUUUUUAAAAGAAGGCAGGCAGCUGACCUAUGAGAAAGUGGACUUGAAUAGCAUUAGGGCCAUGCUGAACAGCAAUGAUGUCAGCGAGUACCUGAAGAUCUCGCCUCAUGGCUUGGAGGCUCGCUGUGAUGCCUCCUCUUUUGAAAGUGUGCGUUGCACCUUUUGUGUGGAUGCUGGGGUGUGGUACUACGAAGUAACAGUGGUCACUUCUGGCGUCAUGCAGAUCGGCUGGGCCACACGAGACAGCAAAUUUCUCAAUCAUGAAGGCUAUGGCAUUGGGGACGAUGAAUACUCCUGUGCAUACGAUGGGUGCCGGCAGCUCAUCUGGUACAACGCCAGAAGCAAGCCUCACAUACACCCGUGCUGGAAAGAAGGAGAUACAGUAGGAUUUCUGUUAGACUUGAACGAAAAGCAGAUGAUCUUCUUCUUAAAUGGCAACCAGCUGCCUCCUGAAAAGCAAGUCUUUUCAUCCACUAUAUCUGGAUUUUUUGCUGCAGCUAGUUUCAUGUCAUAUCAACAAUGUGAGUUCAAUUUUGGAGCAAAACCAUUCAAAUAUCCACCGUCUAUGAAAUUUAGCACUUUUAAUGAUUACGCCUUCCUAACAGCUGAAGAGAAAAUCAUUCUGCCAAGGCACAGGCGUCUUGCUCUGUUGAAGCAAGUCAGUAUCCGGGAAAACUGCUGCUCCCUGUGUUGCGAUGAGGUAGCAGACACGCAAUUGAAGCCAUGUGGACACAGUGACCUGUGCAUGGAUUGUGCCUUGCAACUGGAGACCUGCCCAUUGUGUCGUAAAGAAAUAGUGUCUAGAGUCAGACAAAUUUCUCAUAUUUCAUGACACACGUGAAGAGGCAUGAUGGACUUAUUUCUACUCAAUUCCAGCCAAUGUUGAAAAGAAAAACAAAAGAAAAAAAUCUCAUCAGUUGUACGCACAUUGAAACUUAUAGCCAUGGCCAGAUUUUAUGCUAAAAAUGGUAGUUUGUCAAAGACAAAAUUCUCUUAGAAUCUAACCCAACUUGCCAGCCCUGAGAAAUUCCUUUUAAGGCCAAGGAAAGCUGAAUACUAACAAGCUAGGCCUGUGGUACCGGUACCUCCAUGAAAAUCAAUAGGAGACAGUGCCCUCCUGAGUGCUGAAACCACACUGGAAUUCUCCACGUUGGGAUCAUUUAACACAGGAGGUCUUGUCUCAUAUUCUAAAGUUUUAUUUUGGACAAAAUUCAUUAUGGAGAAGUAAAUGACAUCAUUUCUGGGUUAAGUACAACCUCCCAUUGUUCAGAUACUGGUGUGUUAAGCGUGGAUAUUGCACUGCAAGACUUGAAUCUAUAAAACUAGAAUCACACAGGUCAAUCAAUACUACAAGCAACAUGGAGGGCCUGAAAGAAGGUGCACAGACUGUAGGGGGGAAAACCCACAUUUUUGAUAUUUCAGUGAUUCCAAAGAGCGGCUAGUUUUUUUUUUUAACUACAGAAAAUUGGUGGUAUUAUCACAUUCAUGGUGUUUCUAUCCAAUUUCAGUACCCACAUUUUGUGAGGAAAAAAUGUUUUAACAAUGCAGAAGGAAUUCUUAAAUUAAUUGCAAUGUUUGACUCGAGAAAAUUUGGUAUUUAGGGUAUUUUUAAGGUACCAUCAAAUCAGGUUUUCUGUUUUUUGUUAAAAAAAUUUUUUUUUUAAAUCAGUGUUGUUUUGGAAGUAAUAUAUCUUGAAACUCUUGAACUAAUAGUCUCAAAAACUCUUAGAGGACAGUCUGAGAGCACAUAUUCCUAUUGUUUUAAAUAAAUACAUGUUUUUGAAUAGUAAAUUCAAUCAUGGAUUGUUGACUAUGUCUUCAUCAAAAGUGUUAAUCCCUCUCAGGGUCUCUGGUGAAGACCUUCAAGAGUUGUUUUUUCUCCCAGAAAAUUGGAAGGUAGAAUUGUAAAUUCAUAGAACUUAUUUUAUAAUGGUGUACCUCAGCAGCUGCCUUUCAAUUUAUGCCAAGUCCUUACUGAGUUUAUACUUGAAUAGUAAAUAUGUCUUCUGAGUUUUACAGUGUCUUAAACUCAAUGCACAUAUUUUCUUCCUUUCCCACCCGUUCUUGUUUGUAGUUCAUUAAACUGUCCUAUUACAGAGCUGAUCCCCUUCCUGGCCGUACUUGUUGGGGUGCUGGAUUUUUUCCAUGUCUUUAGUCUUCCAUAAAUUCAAAUAUAUAUAUAAAUAUAUAAAUAUAUAUAUAUGUUCUCUUUAGCUUGUGGUGAAUCAGUAAUUUGCAUUGAAGAAAUAAAACAUUUGUUGCCUUUUUUGACUAA